CAAUUUAAAUCACAUGUUUUUUUUAUAUAAACACAAUUUCAAUUUAUUCUUAUUUAUUUCAAAUUAAGUUCCACUUUUUUUUCGAAAUUUAUUUUAGAUUGGCCACAUAUCUCUUUCACAUAAUCUUGAUCCGUCGGAAUUACCGAAAAUUGCAUUGACUAGUUGCGUUCAAAUCUUCUUCAGUGCAGAUGUAAAACUAGUCCAUGUAAUUGCCUAAAUUGAAGAGGAAGAGCAUUUUUCAAGAGGAUGUCGAUUUGAAAAUAGUGAUGUGCAAUGGUUGUCUUUAAAAAAUAAUGAAAUUAUGAAUUAAAAAUCUCUUCUGACAAAUAGUGUAAACUGGCCUAAUGAUUGAAUGCUCGCGGGAUUCGAGUUUUUCCAUUUCUAGAACAUAGCGUUUCAUUUCAUCUUAGAAACAUUUCAGUGAUAAAUUAGUAUUUUGAGUUUUUAGGAGUUUGUUUUCGCAAAUCUAAAAUGAAAAAAAUAGAGACGAACACGCUAACCCAAGGGUCAAUAUUGCGCAGCGACUUCACCAAGUUCUACGCUCCUUUUAUAGGGCAACUUAUCGAGCAAAUUUACAAAUCCGAGGGCUUGGGCAAACACAAAUUCGUGCUCGGGGCGAACACGAAGGCCCUGGCGGAAUGCAACUACUACUUGUUCUGGGAAGCGGUGAAGAACAGCGUUAAAAUACUCCGAGAGGAUCUGAAGAAGAAGGAAAUCACUGUCACAGUUGAAUCCUCGGUGAUCACAGACCUGGAAAACGUUUAUCUCAUCAUCAUCUUUUCUCCACCGGCAACAUGUGAAACGACUUCCAUGAAAUCCACCUUGUCGAAGAAGAGCGUGAAAAAAAGGCCCACCAAGACAUCGUCCAUCACCAAUAAAACGAAAAUCGAAAAAUCACAACAGACAAAAGUUAAAUAAUUCUCGCGUGCUUGUAAAUUAUGUUUGUUGGUCGUAUGAAUAAUUAAAAAAAUAC